AUGAAGUACUUGUUGAUUCAGUUUCUCUCCUUGAAGGACCUCCAGACAGCAGCUGCUGCGUUAGAAACCAACACAUCUUCCUCCAGUCAUUCAGUGGUCAGCCGGACCGCAGCGUCCAACCUGACGUCCAACCCGAUGUCCUACAGCACGGAGAGGACAUCAGCCUCCUCAUGGACACUCAGCUCUGACCAAUCAUCUGCAACCACAGCACCAUCUAGUCAAACACCAUCAAGAAGAGUAUCAUCCAGCCAAUCACCAGGAAACACAACACAAACCAGCCAAUCCCCAGCCAGCACAACACCAGCCAGCCAAUCAGCAACCACCAUAGCAUCAGCCAAACAAUCACCAGGCACCACAACACCAGCCAGCCAAUCUCCAACCACCACAACACCAGCCAGCCAAUCUCCAACAAUGAAAACACCAGCCAGCCAAUCACCAGGCAGCACAACACCAGUCAAUCAAUCACCAGGCAGCACAACACCAGCCAGUCAAUCAGCAACCACCAUAGCAUCAGCCAGCCAAUCUCCAACCAUCACAACACCAGUCAACCAAUCACCAGGCAGCACGACACCAGCCAGCCAAUCACCAAGCAGCACAUUAGCCAGCCAAUCAUUAACCAUGAAAACACCAGCCAGCCAAUCAUCAGGCAGCACAACACCAUACAGCCAAUCACCAACCACCAUAGCAACAGCCAGCCAAUCUCCAACUAUCACAACACCAGUCAACCAAUCACCAGGCAGCACAACACCAGCCAGCCAAUCUCCUACCAUCACAACACCAGCCAGCCAAUCUCCUACUAGCACAACACCAACCAGCCAAUCAUCAACCACCACAUCACCAGCCAACCAAUCACCAGGGAGCACACCAGCCAACCAAUCUCCAACAAGCAAGACACCAACCAGCCAAUCAUCAACAAGCACAACACCAGCCAGCCAAUUAUCAACUAGCCCAGCAACAUCCACUUAA